AUGCGUCUGCUCCAUAUCCCUGCAUUCCCUGCCGUUUCCCGGGUAGCAGUUCCUCUUCCUGGUACAGGAGAGAGAGAGGGAAGAAAGAGGAGGGGAGGAGGGCCAAAGGGCCGCUGUGGCUUUAAGUGUGCUCCUUGUGUGGCCAGAGCAGCCAUCGCGCUGAUGCAAAGUGACAGGGACAGAUGUGACAUAUCGGUUCCGACACACUUCCAUACCACCAGUCACAGGCUCGGGGUGACUCACAUCCCCCUGCUCUGGUCCUGUCCCCCCGCUGCAGGACAACACAACGAUGCUCGAAUGAACCUCGCCAUCGCCCUCACUGCUGCCAGGUAUGGGGCUGCCAUAGCCAAUUACACUGAAGUGGUGCACCUACUGAAGAGGGCAGACCCUCAGACGGGGAAAGGAGAGGGUCUGCGGAGCGCACUGCAGGGAUGUGAUCACAGGUAAAUCCAACAAAAGCCGCUUCCUGACUCGCUCUAUCCCCCCUCUCUCUCUCCUUCUCUCUCUCUCUCACAACAGGAGCCCUUCCAGCACUUCUUACUCAGUGGUAGUUUGCACAUAGUCAUUGCACAUCUAAUGCAGCGGCUUUUAAUAUUUUAUAAGCAUUUUAUGGUGUAGAAGGCUGCUUCAGAUCUUGUAGGGAGGAACAUAAGACGGAAUUAGCGUACUCCAAAUGGCCUUACUUACCUUUUAAAUGUCAUGCAUCGGGCCGGCUUUGGAAGAAUAAAGCAGUUAAGGGUAAGAGAUGGUAUUCUGAAACAUUUCAUGAAUAACCAAGAUUUGAGGAUCUCAACACAUGACCACCCCCUGAUGUUUUAAAAGAUGGAAUUGUGCUCUUGGAGGAGAUGUCUCACUUUAAUAAUGUGAGAGGAGGGCCUCGCAUAGGGAGGGCUUAGACUGAAAGGAUAAUAGAAACACUUUUAUCAUCACUCCUUUUUUUUUCUUUGUCUUUUUCUCCUGCAAAUAGAAGAAUUUCAGUCCUACCAUCACACUUCUCCUCUUGGUCUCUUAACGGUGGAACCAUCACAUGUCACAGGAGAAAGGCUAGCCCGUCAUUCAUCCUGUUGUCAAAACAGAUCAUUCGCCACCCCCAUGGUAUCUUUUGAUAUGCGUCCUAUUAUAUAUAUAAAUAUAUAUAUAUUUAUAUACUAAAGCUCGUCCACAUCAAGCGUCAUAUUAACAAACAUUUCUCCCUUCCACAAUUUCUAAAGGCUCCCUCAGUCACUGCCACUGAGCUCCUCUGUGACACAAAGAGGCAAGAGGGAAAUUAGGUAUGUCUGUUUCCUAUUAAUUACAAUCCUGGGAAGUCUCCCAUGGACACACUCGAGCCACUCUAUUACGGCAAGAGGGGGGCGUUCGCUGAUAAAUUAAUAAUCCGGCUUGUCACCAGCCACAGAUGAAUAGCCCCUGGUGAUUGAUGCUGUUUUCUUUCAUAGGGCAGGAAUUUGAUGUCAGAGCCAAAUGUGUUAUCAAUGCCACGGGACCUUUUACAGACACGCGGCGGAAAAUGGAUGAUCAGAAGAACCCCCAACAUCUGUCAGCCUGGUGCUGGGGUGCACAUCGUCAUGCCGGGGCUAUUACAGGUAACUAACGGUGGGCCCCUACGUCUCUGUCACUGUCCCCCUGUAUCACCUGCUCCUUAGCGCUGCCAUCUCAUCAGUUCAUUAGCAAGAGCUGGUAGAGACUCCUCGAACUCAACAACCAGACUGUCUGAAGGUGGGAGAAGCUCGGCGAGAAGAAGAGAGCAUCACUCUGUAAAAGAAGCUUUACAUGUGCUGCAUCUCCUGAGUGUCAUUCCAGCCUGAUCAAACAUCAUUUCCUCCCGUGGCAGCCGCAGCUCAGCUCUGAUUGGAUUCCUCGGCCUGAGCUGGGAUUUCUGCUUUCUUGUUGAUGCAUGUUAUUUGUGUUUGCAAGGGAGGCAAGGCUACUCCUGUGACCCAGCCUUCCCCCUCAGCUAUGCCUGUGUUAAAUUGAGUCAGCGCCACGUGCAUGUGUUUUAAACAGGACAAUAUGUGCAGCGCCUGGUUGAGGCUUUGGGAGCAGCGGCUGGAAUUGAAACCAGCUGAAUUAAUCUCCUGGAAACAGCGCUGACAGGAGCCUGAUUAUGGGGUGUCCCUUCAACCAGCCCUGGCCCCGCUUGUGCCCUCCCCUCCCUAGCAGACCAAAGGUUAAUGCAGUCUUCUUGUUUGUUCCCCUCCCUAGACCCCUACUUCCUCUCUCAUGCACAUGACGCACACGCACCUCCAAGUCCUGAUGACAUGGAGCUCCUGGAUCCUGUCACGUCAUCCACUAGUGGGAAGGGAUGCCCAGUCGCACCUACUGGCAGCUAUUCCGCUCUCUCAGCCAGAUUAUCAAAGAUAGCUAUCUCAACAGCUGUUACACAAAGCAAUGCCCUCCUUCUAUCUUUAUUUAUUUCUAUGACAAAAUUUUCUCUUAAUCGUCACAGUUUGCUUCGGCAAAAAAAAAACUCCAAAACCAAAUCAAUGAUCACAUAAUAUAAAUUAAUUUUGCCAUUUUCUUUGACAAAUUUUUACAAAAACAUCAAGUUGUCCUUUAACUCUGCAUUCCCUCUCAAUAAUCAAGCGCAGUGUUGGUAAAUGCAAAGAAAAGCUGUUAUGCGAGGGUAUAACUCGCACGACAACGUCAACAUAACAUUUCUCCCAGAAAAAAAAUGAGUCAUCACUCUGCACUUACACUUGCGGCACUGUAGCCUGGACGUUUGAAUCAAACCUAAUUCAUAACAGCCAUUUAUGAUAAUAAAUACACGUCCAACAAUCUCAACAACACCCCCCUCCACCCCUCCACCCACCCACCCACACACCCUCUCUGAUUUACAAAUAGCUGAUAGAGCAAGCAGCUGACAGAAAUAAAUGAGCUAAUCUGAUGGCUGUGUAGGACUUCCACCAGAUAUUAAUUCAUCAGGAGGCCACAGAGUGCAGACAGAUACAAAUUCCAGCUUUAAUUAUGUAUGGGUGCUGUGCUGGAAACAGGAGACACCUCCACUCGCAGGACUAUUUCUCAAAGCAACUUUAUGAACCCCCUUUUGAUUCCAUCGUUAUUUUGUUUUCCUUUAGAUAUAAUACAUGUCCCUCCUGUUUUCCCAGAACGCCCUGGACAGAAUAGAUUUUUCCCCCUUCAUAGCCAUGCUUUCACAUGAGACAUUUGAUAAUGAACAAGUGGAAAAAUAA